AGGGUGCUUUUGACCCUAGGGGCUUUUCUCGAUAAAUAAGCAUUUUCUUGUCUUUCCGCGCCUUCAAAAUUGUAAAAACGAAUCCGAGCAAAACCAAUUCGCACACCGGCCUCAUCCGCCCUAAAGACAAAAAUCAAGUAUUUCUCAUUCUCCAUUUUAACUACCACAUCAAGUGGGUGGUGAACUUCCUUUAGCCCUCGCAUUAAUCAGUUAUGGUCUGAGUCCAAAGGACAGAAUGAUUUUGAAGGCAAUUGUAUUGUUGGCUCUGGUCCUAGGAAUUAAUACUUUACCUUUUGAGGAUCCUGAGGAUGGAGGCAAGCACUGGGUUGUUAUUGUUGCAGGUUCAUCUGGGUGGAUAAAUUACAGACACCAGGCUGAUGCCUGCCAUGCAUACCAGAUUGUUCACCGAAAUGGGAUCCCUGAUGAACAAAUAAUUGUCAUGAUGUAUGAUGACAUUGCAAACAAUACAGAAAAUCCUACAAAAGGUAUUAUCAUCAACAGACCCAAUGGUACUGAUGUAUAUAAAGGGGUCCCAAAAGAUUAUACACAAGAGAAUGUCACUCCAGAAAACUUCCUUGCAGUGUUGAAAGGGGAUGCUGAAGCGGUGAAGAAUAAAGGAUCAGGGAAGGUUUUGAAAAGUGGCCCCAAGGAUCAUGUGUUUGUUUACUUCACCGAUCAUGGAAGUACUGCAAUCUUGGCUUUUCCUGAUGAUGAUCUUCAUGCAGAGGAUUUGAAUGAGACUAUCCAUUAUAUGCACCAGAAUAAAAAAUACAAAAAGAUGGUAUUUUAUAUUGAAGCAUGUGAAUCUGGCUCAAUUAUGGAACACCUGCCUGAUGAUAUUGAUGUUUAUGCAACUACUGCUGCCAAUCCUUCCGAGUCUUCUUAUGCCUGUUACUAUGAUGAGCUGAGAGAAACUUUCCUGGGUGAUUGGUAUAGUGUCAACUGGAUGGAAGAUUCAGAUGUGGAAGAUUUGACAAAAGAGACUCUGCAUUACCAAUUUCAGUUAGUGAAAAAGAACACCAAUACCAGCCAUGUCAUGCAGUAUGGAAACAAGACGAUCUCCCACAUGAAAGUGAUGCAGUUUCAGGGAAUGAAACACCAAUCUAGUUCUCCCAUCUCUCUGCCACCUGUGAAACACUAUGACCUCACUCCAAGUCCUGAUGUGCCUAUUACAAUCCUGAAAAGGAAAUUAAUGGCCACUAAUGAUGCAAAUGAAUCUAAGGAAAUUGUUGAUAAGUUGCACACACAGCUACAGAUUAGAACCAUUAUUCAGAAGACUGUGCAACAAAUUGCAUCCGUAGUGACUGCAUCUGAUGAUCACACUGAGAAAAUACUCUCUAAGAGAUGGACACUCAGAGCCCAUGGUUGCUACAAAGCAGCUGUGACUUAUUUCAAGACCCGCUGUUUUAACUGGCAUUCCCCCUUGUAUGAGUAUGCUCUUCGACACUUAUAUGUGUUUGUCAAUCUUUGUGAAGAAGGUCAUCAACUUGACAGCAUAAAGCAGGCCAUGGACAAAGUGUGCUUGGGCUACUACUAAAGUCUGCCUUCCCAGUGAUUUCCAAGAACAAAUGUGAAAUUUAUAUUGAUGGAAGACUGCGACUACAGCUUUAUAGCAGUAAAGAGGCUGACAUGUUUGUACUCUUAUGAAUGCUGCUAAACCGUUCAGAAGGUUUGCCUAUGGGCUUUUCUCCAGAAAGCUUCCCAAAGAAAGCUUCUGUUGCUUACCUUCUCCCUCUUUUCCCUUACUCUCAAUUUUAUGAGUUCUUGCUGAAAAUGGUGUCAGUUUCGAUGACCAGAGCAUUGUAUUGGUUGAAAUAUUUCUGAUCUUUACAUGUAAAAUUUUCCCAUUUUGAAACCAGUAGCUUAACAAGGAGAGCUCACUUUGUUUCUUUAAUAGUAACUUCAGUAUACUUGACAUGUGUAAUGACUCUUGCUGAAGUUCAACAAACUGUAAUAAGACUUGUACUUAGGGAAAUUGUAAACAUGGACUAGCAAGUUAUUUUUUAGAAAAUUUACUUCGUGAUCAUGUUUCUUCAAGAUUAAUGUGUAUAUGCGUUGAAUAUAUUAUGAUUUCAGUGCCUAAAAAUAAAGAUUUAUACUUUGUUA